UUGCAUGAGAAUGACGACACCUGUUUUCAUCCUGAGAAAAAAAAUAUAAUUCAGACGCGAAAAGAUCGUUCCAAAUCCUUCUCKUUGAGCGUUCAAAAGUUUUAUUAUGGUCGUAAACAAAUCUACGAUAGUUUUUGGCUGUUGUGUCAGGUUAAAGUGUAUAGAAACGUGUUUUCCGCGAGAGCACUUGUGUUUUUAUUGACGAAAUUGUGGAUCAAAUAGUGUAACAAAUAGAGGAUCUGAAAAGGUGUUAAGUGAUCAAGAGAAUUGUCGGGACUUCAUWCCCUUACUUCCUAGUUUCACUUUACGAGAUUGACGACUAAUCGAUCUCCCUUUCAAACGGGAACACUAAGUUAUUGCACAUUUGGAAAACCGACCUCGCUUGCUGUCUGCAGAUGUCAARAAAGAUGUAGACUUGGAAUUGUCAUCAAAUAUGAUGAUAUUUAAGCAACAAGCUAUGCUAAUUGGCCGAUAACUAUGUAAAUUUACUAAGUAUUGUUACAAAAUGUAUGCUUGUCCUUCAAAUUUGAAUUAAACACACCAUAUGCUCUUCGUUGUAAAAUCUUCAGCUUAGUAGCGCAUGCAUGUUUCCAUGAACAUCUGCGUUACUUUGAUGUAUUAAUUUGGACAGUAAGCCAUACCAUAAUAAUACUGUUUAUACUUUGUAGGUUUAUAUUGCGUCAGGUCUUGUACUUAUCGUACUAUCAGAUGAAUUUUGUUUUCUACACUCUGGAUGGCAUAACGCUAAACUAACRGAACUAUGGGCAAUCUUUCCAAAGGAGAAACGUUCGCCUUYUCGCUAACGAUAUUCUUCAUGAAUGCUGCAGCAUUUGUAAUGAAUUUCCUCGUAUGUUUAGUCGUUUAUAGAAGUAAAGAACUGCGACGUCACAUCUCCAGCGUAUUUAUCGUUAACUUGGCCAUUUGUGACUUUAUGAUGGCUAUUUUUGCAAUGCCAUAUUCAUUUGGAUCGGUGAUUCUCAAUCAUUGGCCAUUUGGAGACUUCUGGUGCCAGUCAACGGGGUUUUGGAACAUGUUACUCAGUAUAGCCGCUAUCUUGACUCUUGCAACAAUAUCUAUCGAUCGUUAUAUUGCGGUGAUUAAACCUUUACAAUACAGAGCUAAGAUGACUCUACAGUGGGCUUUGGCAAUGAUCUGUUUUGUAUGGGUUCAGGCAACUAUUUUUGCUAUUGCUCCUAUUGGUAUGGGAUGGUAUACUUUUAAUACAAGGUACUUUGUUUGUACUUUCCCUUCGGAUCUUCAAGACGUUCGCUAUAUUGGCUUUACUAUAACAACUUAUACAUCAAAUGUMGGUCUCUCGUUGGUUAUAAUGCUAGGCGCUUACUACAAGAUCUUUGGGGUAGCGAGAUUACAUUCGAGAAGAAUUGGGCACGCCGUUGUCAGUGCGGUGCAUUUUGCGCCAGGAAUWCGUGGCACAAUGUCAACAGAAUCUAGCAGACAGCGUGAAUUCAAAGCCGCGAGAAAGAUUCUGUUUGUAAUAGGCGCGUUUAUCUGUUGUGUGGCACCUUACACAGCRGCUAGGUUACUGGAACUCGUUAAUGGAGAGCAGCCCCUGCCACAUAGGGUAACGAUAUCGCUACGAUGGAUAGCGUUCUUAAAAAGCUCUAUAGAUCCAUUCAUUUAUGGCCUUUUACAAAGACGAUUUAGAAGAGCUUUGCUUGAGCUUUUCUUGGGGACGCAGCGUGCACGGAUAGCGCGCAAUUCAUAUCCUUGCGGAGUGCCCAUUCGCGUUCGCGCAAAAAGACAAUCAUCUCAAAGCGAAACUGGUACAGUAAUGACAGCGAUGACGAAGAGAAAUUCAUUGGAUAAUUCCCCGUGAAAAUUUCAAAUUAUAUUUUGUAGUAAGAGCUCGUUGUUAGGAGAAACGAUGCAGGGAAUAGAUUACUUUAACGAUUAAUCUUGAUUGAUAAGCAAAUAGUUUGUUGUUCAAAAAUCAUUUUGGAAAUAUCACUUAAGAAUUGAUGUUACACGCUUCAAUGAGAGGACAUGAAUGGACGUUUCUAGGAAAGUCACUCGUGAAAACCAUAGAUUGUCUUGAAUAUCAAUGACACAAUGUUUUUUUUCUUCCGAUAUUUAAGAUUUGUAUUUUCCAAACAUCGGAAGGAAUCAAGACUUUUAUAGAGUUCGAUUACUGAAAUUGUUGUGAUUUUAUCUUGUUUCUUGUACAUAGUCAAUUCAACUUACUUUUUUGUGGAGACUGGAAUAAAUUUUACUAUUAAAGUUAUUCAUAAUUUAUUAACUAUACAGAAUUUGUGCCAGCGAUAGUCUAAUUAUACUUUGCUUCGAUUAAUCAACGGGAAACCGUAACCAUAUUUCCAAUUAUUUUUUCUUUUAAAUUUCUUUCCUGUGAAUAUUUUAUUCAUUAAUUUGGUUUUCAAUACUUCAUUUCGAAUUGAUUAUAUCUUUCGUUCUAUUCUCGUUUGUUUAUUUUUUUUAU